AUGACAGCAAAUGGUGGGCAGGAACAGUCAAGAUGGAUAACAACAGUUAUUAUGAGUGCGGCUCUGCAAAAUCACGAAAUUUCUACAAUUCUACAGAGGCAACAACACCGAGUUCGAUAUUCAGAAUCAGUGGAAAUUGGAUCCGUGAUUUUUUCUCUUUCUGGUGUUGCAUUUAUACUGGCAGACACUCAAGACUUGCUUAUGACAAGGGAAGAGUCGUUUUUCAAAAGAAUUCAGAAGUUCAUAAACAUUCAUCGGAACAGUUUUUUGGUUUUGUCAGCUGCUCUUCAUGGACCAGAAGAAUGGAAUGUCAUGUUUAGGAUUCAGAGAAGAUUCCUGGGCAGUAAUUUACGUAUAAUACCAGUUCAUAAUACUGCUGAAACUGUUAAGUUAAUGCUAACUAUAGCCAAGAUAACUUCCAAGCCACGAGCAGAUGAUAUUCGUAACCAAGUGGCAACGACAAAAGCCCAAAUAGUAGAAAACAGUCCAGUUUGGAAGAUGCUUCAGGAGUACCAGUUGCAUUGCAAUUAA